UCCUUCAGUUAAAAUUACAACCAAUAUGCCACUGUCCGUUUUUUUUCCUCCAGUUUUUUUCACGAUUUUUCCUACUCCAUCUUACAACCGACGCCACCACACCCGCAUGCCGACCUCGACAGCGCCAUGAGUUGACUACACAGAAAAUAAAAAUAAAUAGUUUAUGAUUUUAUUGACCGUAGCAACGUGCGGGCACACCUGCUGUCAGAUAACAGAAGAGCGCCCGAGUCUUCCCAGUUCCCCACCACCAAGCACCGGAGUCCCGAAUCGCCGCCGCCCGCAAAUUGCCGCCCGUAGCUUCUCGCCGUGACCGCCCGUCUCCAAUUCGGUUCCCAUCUCCCAAGCGGCCGUGGAUUCCUGCCUUGGGAGGCUGUUGGUAGGGAGAGGGGAUGCAUAGAGCGAGCGGCGUGUUGGCGUCGUCAGGAGUAAUCCAUCGAACAGGUGGCGGGCGACGAUGGUGGUGCCGUCGGUGGUCGCGAAGAUGUUGAGCUCCCCGAACAGGUGACGUCCGUCUCCUUCCUUCCUUCCUUAGGAUCCAUCAACACAGACAGAAUAGGAACGUAAUCCGGCUUGGUCUCCAAUUCGGUUCCCCCCAUGGUUUGGCUCGUCUAGCUUCUUCUUCUUUUGAUGACGUCAGCCAAGGGUUUCGUCUCAGGCGAUUCUGAUGGCGAUUUUGAGGUGGAUUUCCGCCGGAGUUCAGAUCUAUGAUUGUGUGGAGACUGGAUGGCCGAGGGAAUACUCUCAGAUCAGAACAUCGGCAUCCGUACGAGCGAUUCGCAGAUUGGCGUUCAUACCGAGGUUGCUUUUGGUGAGUUCGCUUUUGGGAAAAGUAAGGAGGGGUUGCCGGAGGAAAAGGUGGAGGCUACAUCGCCGUCCACGUGUUUGCUCUCGACGCCGUUCGAUGCUCUUGUGUCGACAAAGGACGUAGGGUUUUGGCUUCUCAGAUAUAUUCCCUCUCGUUGGUUCUUCGCUCUUGUUCCGGUUUCCCUUUGGGCGGCGCUGCUUGGUGGUGCUUGGGAGGUCCGCCCAGGUCGAGGAAGCAGAGAUCUGGGGGAGUGGCUUCAGAUCAGCGGCGGUGGAGGUUCGUCUGCUCGGGUCUCUUCUGAUUGUUUGCCAGUUUGGCUGUUUCGGUUGAUGGCGGGUCGGGGAAAUUUCUCGGGAGGUGAUGGAUUUGGUCGUGGUUUUGGUGGUGGGAGAGGUCGUGGUUUUGGGGCUGGUGGCAGGGUCCGCCGCCCUACUGGAGAGGGGAUUUUGAAGGAAAUUCUUCUUACUUCCAGGCAGGGGGAUCGGAUCUGCAACAAGGACAGGGGCAGGGGCAGUUUCAAGGGGCGGGGCAAGGUCAAUUUCAGGCGUUGGGGCAGGGUCAGUUUCAGGGAUCUGGGGCUGGUCAGUUUCAGAUGCCAGGACAGGGCCAGUUUCGGGGGGGGGGGGGGGGGGGGUUGAGGCUGCCGGGGAAUUUCCAGGAUCAGCUUCCCCAGCAAAAUCCUACUCAGGUGUCGGUGGGCGCUCAGGGAGGGCAGGUGAUUGGGCAGGCUGUUACAUCUGGGGAGACUUUGGGUAGUUCCAAAGUGAGUGAGGGGGUAAAAUCUGUUAGUUCUGUUCAACCUACAGUGGUGAGGAAGUUAAUCUGUCAGAAAUGUGAUCUGGAAGGCCAUAUCAGUAAGGAUUGCAAGGUUGAGGUUCUGUGUGAGAUCUGCGGUAAGAACAGUCACAAUGCUAGCAAGUGUGUUUGGCCAAAUCAAAUCAAACCUGUGGUAAGGCUUGUAGGUUAUUCUGUCAAGGGGCUUAAUUGUUUUCAGGCUUAGAAUCUGAAGAGAGGAGGGGGUGGAACUGUUCUCAGCUCCCUAGCUAUUCUGGUGGUGGAACAUGGGGCAUUGAUGGCUGAACAAGCUGCAGCUGGUCUGGCCGAAACUUAUCCUUGAAAGUGGGAAUGGCAGGCGAGAGAUCUGGGUCAUGGUAGAAUGAUGGUGAAAUUUCCAUCAGCUGCUAGAGUUGAGGAAGCUAAGUGUUAUCUUGCUUUCUUUCUGAAAGGUACUAAUGCUUUGGUCUCUAUCAAGAGGUGGUCUUCUGAAGCUAUUGCUAAAGGGAAAUUACACUCUGUCUGGAUCAGAACAGGUGGGGUGCCUGAUGAGUUAAGGCACUACUUUGGUUUAUGUGAGGUGGGCUCUAUGGUGGGAGUGGUUAUUGAGGUGGACAUGCAGAUCUUCAGAAAACAAGAUAUUGUGAGGAUUAAAGUAGGAGUGAAAGAUGUUUCUCUGAUUCCUGAGGUGGCUGAAAUGACUGUGGAUCUGAUGCUUUUUGAUAUCUUUUUUGAGGUGGAGCAGGUGGUUGAGGUAGGAGGUCUGUUUGGGGCAUAUCUAAAGAGAGGUAGUGGUCCUUCUGAUGAUCAGAGAGGCAGGGAUCAGGAUCCUAAGAAACAGAAACAACCGGAAGGGGAACAGGAUAAAGCCUCUGAUCAAAACCUGAUGGCAACAUUGCAAACAAAUUUACAGGGGGAUCCUUGGGUCAAUCUGCUGUGGAUGGAGGUACAAUGGCAAGUGUGCAGGGGAUUGAGUCUUUGGCUUUUGAUAGGUUCGUUCAGCUGGAGGUUGAUAGGAAGAUAGGAACUCUUCUUCAGGCCAGGGAGGAAAAUGCUCUUAGAGAGAAAUUGCUGAAUGCUCAGAGGUUUAGGGAGAUUUCGGCUGAUAUGCUGGAAGGAGGUUGCAAGCCUUGUGGAAUGGGUGCUGGAUUAAGUGUUAUUGGCACAAAUUUCUCUGAUGGGGAAUUCAAUUUACACAAAUCUGAUGCCAGUCUGGGAGGAGAAGAAGUUUCUGGGGAAUCUUUUGCUGCUAAAGUGCAAGGUUUACAGGGGCUGCCUCUGGUUCUGACUGAAAUUGACAAAGAGGAUGAUAUGGGUGAUCAGUUGGCAAAUGAGGUCACUUCUGGUGGAGGGCUGGACAGAGAUGACAGGGAUGCUGCUCUCAGGAGAAGUUCUAGGUUGGAGCUGCAGGGCAGAUCUGAUGAUAAAGUGGAAGAUAGGGCAAUUUUCAAUGCCAAGAUCAAGAAUCUGAAGAUUCCAAAAGGUGGACCUCCUGUUCCAGAAGCUGGAUAGAUGUUUGAUGAGUGCUGAUUGGGGGGCGCUGUUCCCUCUAGUUUUUGUUUCUGCUUUAGAUAGGGGGCUUUCCGAUCAUACUCCUUUGCUUCUAGAUACUGAUACUUUUAAUUUUGUAGAAUCCUCUUUUAAAUUUGAGUUAAGUUGGCUGCUUAGAGAAGAGCUGGAAGCUAUUGUGUUAUUUGUUUGGGAACUGGAUGUAGGGACUGUUUCUAGUAUUGAGGAAUGGCAGUUUAGGUUGAGAACUUUAAGGAGAAAUUUGAAAGGGUGGAAUAGAAAUGUGGAAAGCUCUUACAAGAAAGAAAAGAGUGAGCUGCUGGCUCAUAUUGAUUUAAUAGAUAAACAUAGUGAGUUAUAUGGUUUGCAUGUUCAUGACUUGGAAUUGAGGGGCUCACUUAAGAAUAAAUUAAAAAUGUUGAUGAGAGAGGAUAACAUUAAAUGGUGGCAGAGAGCAAAAGAAAAAGAUCUUUUGCUAGGUGAUGGUAACACUAAAUUUUUCAUGACUAAGGCAAGCAGUAGGAGAAGGCAGAAUAGAAUUUCUGGACUUAAGUGUGGGGACAGAUUUAUCACUAAGGAGCUGGAGCUCACUGCUCAUAUUACUGACUUUUACAAGCAGUUAUUUGGGAGUGGGGGACAGUCAGAGGUUGAUGUGUGUUUUAACUUCCCUAAAUUAGUUUCUGCUGAGGAAAACAGAAGGCUGUUAGAACCUUUACUUUUGAUGAGAUUAAGGCUGUGGUUUUCUCUAUGGAGAAAAAUAAGGCCCCUGGGCCUGAUGGUUUCCCCUUAGAGUUUUACCAAAAAUUCUGGCACAUUAUUAGAUUUUCCAUUAAAAGGAUGUUUGAUGAAUUGGUUCUUGAAAAGCUUGAUGUUUCUAGGCUGAACUUUGGGAUCAUCACUCUGGUGCCAAAAACACCAGAUGCUGAUGUGAUACAAAAGUUUAGACCUAUUUGUCUUCUCAAUGUAAGUUUUAAAAUUCUGACCAAAGCUGAGAAUAAUAGAUUGGUUCUUUUGGCUAAUGAGAUCAUUGAUAGUGCCCAAACUGCUUUCAUAUAGGGGAGAUUUAUUUUAGAUGGGGUAGUGGUGUUGCAUGAAAUUUUGAAUGAUGUAUAUAAAUCUGGUAAACCUGGAGUUGUUUUUAAAGUUGACUUUGAGAAGGCUUAUGAUAAAAUUAAUUGGAGGUUCUUGGAGAGUGUGAUGAGUCAGAAAGGCUUUUCUUUGCAGUGGAUUAGAUGUAUGAUGGGUUUUGUGUGUGGUGGGAAAGUUGCCGUGAAAGUGAAUCACAAAGUGGGUCCUUUCUUUAGAACUUAUCAAGGGGUUAGGCAGGGUGAUCCCUUGUCCCCUGUUUUGUUUAACUUUGCUGUUGAUGGUCUGUCUGCUCUGGUUAAAAGUGCUCAACAACAGGGACUAAUUAAAGGUUUGGUUCCUCAUCUGAUCCCAGGAGGAUGUGCCAUUCUGCAGCAUGCAGAUGAUACCAUCUUCCUGUUGGAUGCAGAUUUGGCUAGCGCAAGAAUCUUAAAUUUGUGCUCUGUUUGUUUGAACAAUCGUCUGGUCUCAAGAUUAAUUUUCAUAAAAGUGAUUUGUACUGUUUGGAUAAUGCUAGUGAACUAGGAAGUCAGCUGGAAGAGAUUUUCACUUGUAAAUUGGGUAGUUUCCCUUUUAGAUAUUUGGGGAUUCCCCUGCACUAUAAGAGACUAGCUAAUAAAGAGUGGAAAUCUGUGGAGGAGAGGGUGGAAGGCAGACUGGCUGGUUGGCAGGGCAAACUCCUAUCUAGAGGUGGGAGACUAGUGUUGAUCAACUCAUGCCUGAGUUCUAUCCCUAUUUAUAUGAUGUCUUUACUUGAAAACAGAGAAAAAAUCACCUGGUUAACUGGCAGGCAGUGUGCCAACCAAAUGACCAAGGUGGGUUGGGUAUUACUGACUUGGGCAUUAUGAAUUUUUGCUUACUUUCCGGUAGUUGCCUUUGUCGCAGGUGACACCUAGGCAAGGAGAGUCACAUUUCUAGUCUAGUAUUCUGAGAGUAAGAGAUGUUUUCUUUUGUUUUUGUCGUCGUAUAAUAGGGAAUGGUAAGAGAACUUUAUUCUGGAAAGAUGACUGGUGGGGUGGCAAAUCGUUGGCUAUUCAAUUUCCUAGACUUUUUGCUUUAGCUCUGAACAAGGAUAUUUCUGUUCAUACUGUCUUUUCUUCUGGCUGGGGUGUGAUUCGAUUUAGAAGAACUCCUUUUGGGGUAUCUCUUCAACAGUGGGAGGAUUUGAAGUGUCUUUGUAAUCUAGUUUCACUGACCGAUGGAAAGGAUAAACUUUUCUGGAAAUUGGAUGCUAGAGGACGGUUUUCAGUUGGUUCCCUGUAUAGGACUCUGAAACGGUUCCCUGUAUAAGUUCCUGUGGAAUACUAAGGUGCCUUUAAAAAUUAAAUUUUUUCUUUGGUUGGUGAGUAGAGGAAGUAUUUUAACGAGGGAUGUUCUUAAGGCCAGGUUGGGAAAGGAUAAUGGUACUUGUCUCUUUUGUGCUAGACAAGAAAGUAUAGACCAUCUUCUAUUUUCUUGCUCUUUAGCUCGGUAUAUCUGGCGUGUUAUUCAGUGCAGUAUGGGUCUUCAAACUAUUCCUAGCUCUGUUCAGGAUUUGUUUGAUCACUGGUUGCUGCGGUAUCGUUGUAAGGAAAGGAGAUCGUUGUUAGUUGGGAUUGCAGCAGUGCUAUGGACCAUUUGGAAAACAAGAAAUAACGCUUGUUUCAGAAAUGUCUGGCCUAAUGAUCCUGUAGCUGUAAUGUUUGCAAUCUGUUCCUGCAUUGACCUGUGGACUGGUUUACAGAAAGGGCUGACAGGGGAACUGCUGCGUCUGUCUUCUCGGCGGUUAUGUAAAGUGGCGAGUGAAACCUUCAGUAGAUCGCAAGGUUGGACGCCGCUGACGUUGCGCUUGACUGAAGUUUAAACCUGACGUGUGGCUGGACAAGACUGUAGCCUUCUUUGAUCAAGGUUUUGUAAGUUGGUUGUAGUUGCACUUUCGACAAAGUCGGGUUCGAAAAGAUCUGUGAUGAUCAUAGAUGGUAUCACAGGGCUUUUCCCGGUUUAUGCUUUGCUGCUUAAAACUUCUGUAUCACGACAAGUGGUUUCCUUUAAUGAAGCCGGGGGAAUGACUCCUUUAUGUCAAAAAAAAUCA